AACAAGAGCUUCUACAAAAUCCAUAUUUUAAUAUUUAUAUCUUCAUGCUCGAGCAACCUGCAGAUUAUCCAAAAUCAGAAACAUAACACUUGAAGAAGCAAUUUAAUACCAGUGGGUCGGCAAGAAAGUCCUGUUCAGAAGGAUGGCUGCUGCCAUAGCGAAUCAGAACAAUGACUUAAAAUCCGUGUUACAGGAAUAUCAACCACCAGAAUGGGCCGCACAUUUGAAAAACCUGCCUCACUACAAAGUCAAACUUGCUCAGAAUAACACUGAAAUACAUGAAUGGUCCUUGUCUGGUGUACCUAAUGGAUUUGAGAUUGGCAUCAAACGAGAUGACAACACUGGCAGUAAUCUAUCAGGAAAUAAGGUCCGGAAAUUAGAAUUCACUCUAGCUGAGGCUCUUCAUCAAGGAUGUGAUACAGUUUUUACUCUAGGCAGCAUAUAUUCUAAUCAUUGCCGGUCAACUGCAAUAGCUGCACGGCGGUUUGGAAUGACAUGCUAUCUCUUCAUGAGACAAAGAGAAUCGACCACAGAUGUUGGUUGCCUAGGUAACCUCUUGCUUAACAGGCUCACUGGUACACACAUGAUAUUGACUGAGUAUCAACCAUAUGACAUCACUAUCUAUCCUAAAAUGAACAUGCUGAGAGAAAAACUGGAGAAAGAGAAUGGAUCCAAGGUGUAUGUCAUACCAGCUGGGGGAUCUUCAAAUAUUGCAAUGUUUUCUUAUCUUCAAUGCUUCAAGGAGCUUGUUGAUCAGGAUGUCCUCAAGAAUUUCACAGAUAUCGUGGUCACCAUAGGUAGUGGUGGCACUGCAUCUGGGCUUGCUAUUGGAAACUACCUUACAGGCUCACAUCUAAAGAUCCAUGCUGUGAAUAUACGAAAUAGCGUAGAAAAUCUGUACCAGCACGUACAAGAAGACCUGGACCAUAUAGGCCUAAGUGACGUCAAAGCUGAAGAUAUUUUGGAUAUUAUGGAUGGUCACAAAGGUCUUGGCUACGGCUUGUCUACUGAAGAAGAACUUGAACAUCUUGUGCAAAUUGCAUGUGAAACUGGAAUCACACUUGACCCAAUAUACACCUUGAAGUCUGCGCGUGGUAUGCUUGCGGAAAUGAAAGACAAUCCAUGUCGAUAUAAAGGCAAAAAAGUGCUGUUUAUGCAUACAGGAGGAAUGUUUGGGUUAUUCGAAGGACGAAUGAAUCGCAUUCUCGAAAAGCUCAACGUCACCAGCCGCAUACGAUAUUGGGCGAACGGCGAGGAUGUCCCUGUAUUUUAAGUGGCAUUUUUUUUACGUAAAUUCUAGUAUUUUACGCUCCAUACUGCUUGGUUACUAUUGAAACGAUUGUGUAGAACGUUACCACGGAUUAGAAUGUUAUUUGCAACCACAACUGAUAGUUUUAAUUCAAUAACUUAGCAGCCACGAGGCGGAAUAAUCCAGUUUCGAGUUCUCCAAUGCUCUGUGUUGGCCUCAUUUGUGCGCAAAAUAUUCCUAAUUGUGAGAAUAAAAGUGUGAGAUUUCAAAUGAAUUCCAUUGUUUUUCCAUGCGUUUUCUCGGGCUAUCAAUGAAMCRAAMGAAUAUGUUGCUUGGUUUUGAGGCUAACACAGAGCAAACCAGAACUCGAAAUCGGAGUAUUACGUUUAAAUUAUGUUACAGUUCAAAUGAAUAGAUAUUAUAUAGACGGUAUAUUUGAAAAUAUAGGUGCAAUAUUUACAAUAGGCCAUUUGCAUGAAAAUGCCACGUGGAACUAAAUCUGUCAUGCUGGAUGGCAAAAUACCCACUGGUGUGUUCAAAACAAAGAAAAGUCAAGCUUGACGGGCUGCGUUCCCUUUGUUUUUAAGGUUGUUUACAUUCUUUUGCCAUCCACUAUGGCGGAUUUAGUACCAUGCGACCGUUUCAUACAAAAGGCCUAUUAUAAUGAUAAAUAUCUACAAGUCUAAGAACAAAUGAAUAACGUGAAUCCAUGUCGAUCCGACAGUUUAAGAUCCAUUUAGAUGAUUAUAAUUCCGAGGAAGGAAAACAUCGUUUUAGGAAAACCCAAGUUAACGAGUCUGGAGUUCGAAUACACUGAAUAUUUCGACUCUAAUUCAAAGUCAUAAUCAUGUAAUAAUGUUGGUAUUUACAAGCCCGGAUUUUAUUUAAAAAGCUGUAAGUCCCUUGAAAUGAAUAACGUAUUUCAUUCAUUACAAAUGUCAUUUUUUAAACCAAUAAAGAGCAUCAAAGGGUCAUGUUCAACCGGCAUUCAUUGCGGUUUUUCAUUUUUCAUAUAUGGAAAAUGAGAUGGCUACUAGUACCCAUCCGCAAUACGUUUCCUUCUGUCUGUUUUAAGAUCGAAUCUGGCACUGAAUAUUUCCAUUCAAAGAGCAUAAAGGGAUAAACUAAGUUUUGUUUAUAUUACGGUGCAUCGAAGCUCGAAAGGGAUGCCGGUUGACCAUGGUCCUUUAAAAAGUGGAAACUGAAACUGAAAACAACGUCGAAGUUCGUGUAUUCAGUGAACAAACUCCAGUUGUGUGUAUCUUGUAUGUCAAAAAGAUGUAUUUAAAGCUGUAUUUAAGAAAUAGUUGUUUUGUCAAGCUUCUAAGACGACGGCAAUUAUUUAGAAUAAAAAAAUAGAGAAAAUUC